UCCUUGCUUUUUAUUGGUCAGCUCCAUAUUUCCCGUUUCAAACUUCUGUUAGGACCGGAAACUGCAGAAAUGCGAGCAUGAAGGAAACAACUUAAGCCAAAACGGCUGAAGCACAAGAAGACGGAAAGAACGGUGACUUUCACCUGGCUGCUGGCAGCCUUUAACCAUGAGAGGAGCAGCUAAAAGCAAGGUGGUGACAUCAGGGAGGCUGACAGGGAGAGUCAAAGUACAGCCUGCCAGACGACAAGGGACUCCAAAUCCAGCACCAGCAGCCUGCCUGGAGCCAGCCUACUCUCUGUACUCCACAGACUCUGAGGAUCAGGUCACUUCUCUCCAUCACGGUCUGGACCGGUGUGCUGCCCUUCUCAGUGGCAUCCUCCAGGCUGAGAAACCAGCCUUGCCAAGCCUUCCCAGAUCGGUGGCGGCUAAAGCAGCCAAAUCAAGACCAUGUGCUUCACUGGGGAAGAAGACCAUCAAGAAACAACCUACACUGACAGGUCAGAGGAGUCGAGUCCUGCACGGACCAGGCAGCACGACGCCACGCGCCACACAUCAGUCUGCUGUUCCUGCCGCCCACGUGGGAGUGAAGCUCCAUCCGCCUCAGAAACAAGCUCCCACCCUGCUGCACUCUCCCUCCCAAACGCUGCGGCAUCCGUCUCCCACCCAACCCCCACCUCAGACCUCCCCCUCUCCGUCCCAGCCCCAGACCUCCAUCCCUCCACGCCACCCUGUUGCCGGCUGCCAGUCCACCUUUCAGACUCCACAAGCACAGUGUGAGGCAGGGUGUGAUAGAGGAGAGGAGGACUUUGUUCCCGUGAGAGACACCGAUACCCAAAGCACUGCCACAGAUGCACACACAGCUGUGAGAAGCACACACCCACACACACACACCUGUACCUUGAAGCUGUCAGAUAUGCAGCUGGGACAUGGACAGUCUGAUGAAGUCCCCCAGGACAAACGCAGCAGGGAGGACAGCAGCGUAGAAAGAGAAGUGAAAGUGAAGACAGUCCAGUUUCUGCUGGGAGAACUCAGAGCUCUGAUCAUUGGACAAGGCAGCGUAGCAGAGAGGCUGCUCUGUCAUCUAGAGCAGACCAUUGCCAACGUUGGGUGUUCAAACAUUCACACCGAACCAGACCUGUCAUCACUGCACAGCCAGAACAAUCAGCUCCACAGCAGUGGGAGGAUUGUGUUGGAGGAGAGGGAGAAAGCAGAGAGACAGACGAACACGGAGACGCUCUGUAACUCGGAAGUGUCGGCUCUGCAGGAGGAGCUCGCCACAGCUCAGACCCGACUGCAGGAACUGCAGGACGACCUCACGAGUGCAAAACAGCUACAUAAAGCGCUGGAGGACACACAGAGCCAGCUGAGAGACAGGGACGCAGAGAUUGCACUCAUCAGGACAGACUUGGAGGCCACAAAAAGAAGGUUGGUGGACAGUGAAAGGGAGAAGAGUGAGUUGGCCUUACUUGCCCAGCAAAGACUUGAAGAGAUAGAACACCUUAACAGGACUCUUCAGAGUCAGAUUACCACAGAUUUGCCUGUAGCUGGUGACAGCUCAGCGUCUCGGCUAACAAACCAGCAUUUCGACCAGCGCCAGCACCGACAGGAUCCAGCAGAGCGCCCCGCUGACUGCAUCACCCACUACCUGAUGUCUCUGGGUCAGCUGGAGCCCACACACACUGAGCGUAUGCGGUUGGCUGCAGAGAGAGAAGGAAAUGCACCGGAGCAAAGGAAGCUGGCCUCAGUCCAGCUGAAAGACACGCCGCCACAUCCUGAUGUCAGAUCUCAGCGAGGUGACCAACCUGCAGAGACUUCAGCCCAUCAUCAGAACACUCAUGUCGCCCAGUCAGGAGGGCCGCUGCUGAACUCAACACUGUCCCAGUGUGAUGUGGAGUCUGUAUGGUCUGAUAUGAGCACAAGGUCAGAUUCCACCUUUGACACCAGAGCUGAGGUAGCGUUCAGAGAUGGCCUGUCAGCUCUGGACGCUAGCAUAGCCAGUUUGCAGAGGACAAUUCAGCUGGAUCUGAGAAGGCACUGAGCUUCACUUUUAUAUGAGCUAAUAUAUACAUUGUGUUUUCAUGGGAUAUGUUGUUACGCAUGCUGCAUGUUACCCUGUUUGGUUAUUUUAAUGUUAUCCUUAAGAUUGGAAAUAAAGACUUUUCAGACUUUAA